UACGCUAUAUGCUUGCUUUUCAUUACUUUUGCCUAAAAUAAACCAUACUAUUCAGAUUGUAAAACAACUAUUCGACAAUGAGUAAAAGGAAAAAAACGCUAUUGCAGAACAACUUGUUGUGCUGCCGCGUAUGUCUAAUGACGGACUGUCGGCUCUACAAUAUUGAUGAAUAUAAUCUCGCCGACACCUUUGCUCGCAUCUCGGGGAGUUCUGUGUCCAAAGACCGGUUGCCACAGUACCUCUGCCCGUAUUGCCUGGUGUUGCUCCUCAAAUGCUCGUCCUUCAGAGACAUGUGUAUGCGGACGGUGAUGUUGCUAACUCCUGCGCUGCUCAAGGGGACGCUGGAUAUAAAUUAUGUUCGCAAAUUACAACCCACUCACCUUCCCUGCAACUUAACUAAAACUAACAUAGAAACGAUCGAGGUAGACCCGUCAAAAGAUCUAUUCAAUAAACAAAGACUGAAUCAAAAAUUUGAAGAACAAGUUAUUCCGGAUCACGACAUAGAUGAUUAUUAUCCCGAAGUUGAUGUCGAGCAAGAUGCAAUUGACACUGAUGAUGAUGAUUCGAAUGUUGUUAUAACUGAAGAAUUAUUUCUAAAUAGUAAUAAAAAUAAUAAGUCUCCAAAAAAGAAGAAAAAAGUUGUCAAAACUGAAAAGAAAUCAAAGAAGAAACAGUGUGAAACUAAUGUGAACAAAAAUAUAGUUUUAUUAAAACAGUGCAAUGACGCUAUGGAUAUAGAUAAGAACAAACGGAGUGAAACUAAUGUGAACCAAAAUGUAGUUUUAAUAAAACAGUGCAAUGAAGCUAUGGAUAUAGAUAAGAACUUAAAAAAACGGAGUGAACCAAACGUGAACCAAAAUGUAGUUUUAAUAACACAAUGUAAUAAACCUAUAGAUAAAAAUUUGGUGGUAAUGGGAAAAGAAAACAAAGAAGAAAUGAAAGUGAUGACAAUUGAAGUCAAAGAUAACAUAAUUGAAAUUAAUAAUGUUAAAGUUGAUGAAAAUAAUGACGAAAUUGUAGAAGUGCAAGAAGACGGGAUGACAAUGAAGCGAUUGGUGUCUGCAGCAGAUACAGACAAAUUUUUGGAAUUAAUUAACCAUAAAAUUGUUACAUUGAGUAAGGAAGAGCAGCUGGAAGAGAUUGCUGAGCGCAAGAAGUCCCGGAACUACCUGGAGUGCCCGUUCAAAUGUGAGGACUGCGGGAAGGGGUUCGGCGUGGUCACCUCUUACGAGAACCACCGAGCCAAGCACAGUCCGAGCAGCGGUCCGCACGCGUGCGGCGUCUGCGGCGUGCGCAUGCAUUACCGCAGCCUGCUCCACACCCACGAGCGCCGGCACCAGCUGAAGUUCAUUUGCAAUGAGUGCAACUUCGUGUCCAGGGACAAGAACCAAGCGCUCAAACACUACGGGGUACACGCGGGGAGAACCUACACCUGCCCCCACUGCGAGAAAAUCUUCCUGAAGAGCACGACGUACUUGUCGCACGUGCGGCUCAUGCACCCUGAGGCCAACGUGGACUGCCUGGAGUGUGGGGAGACCUUCGUCAGCCUCUACGGACUUCGGCAGCACUACAAGGUACACAAGAGAGUGCAUCAAUUCGUAUGUACCAUCUGCUCCGCUGACUUCACCAAUAAAGAGGCGCUGGCCAUACACGCGGAGUUGGCCGGAGAGCAUAUAGGCAAGGACCUGCACGCGUGCGAGCAGUGCGGAGAGAACUGUGAGAGCGAGACGGCACUAAAGGAGCAUAUGGGGAUCAUUCACCCCGAUGAGAAGAAGGAAUAUCCGUGUGACAAGUGCACACUAUCAUUUAACAACGAGCUAGCGUUGGACACGCAUACGCGCCGCAAGCACCUGGGCCAGCGCUACCAGAACUGGUCGCUGGUGGACCGUCAGCGUCGCGCCGCCUACCAGAAAGUUAAGGCGCUCAGGAAGAAGUAUAAACAGAACAACCAGCGCUCCAUGUGCGACCAGUGCGGGAAACUUGUGCGGUCGGCGUUUCUGGAGUACCACAAGGUGACGCACCUCGCCGUCAAGCCCCACGCCUGCCCUCAUUGCCCGAAGACGUUCGCUACGAGAUAUACUCUUCAGGACCACUUGCGAUCUCACACGGGCGAGAAGCCUCACCAGUGCACAGAAUGCCCGCUCGCCUUCGCGAUAAAGGGCAACUUGAAACGGCACUACAAUGUUACCCACCUGAACAAGCGCGAGAUCUUCCCGUGCCCGCUGUGCGAGAGCACGGCGACCACCAAAGCGUCGCUGAAGGUGCACAUCCAGGCCGUCCACCGCGGCGGCGGCUGGCCGCGCCGCGACCGCAGCCAAAGGAAAAAGAGUAUCGCUCAAUAACUUGCUCCAGAUCUGACCCAGACAAUAGGCUACUUGACCAUUUUUAAAGUCUAUCCAUACCUUAAACAAAGGAUACUAUAGACUAGACAGCCAAAUAAUAAUACCACUACCGAACGAGAUG